CAGAAGCAGCGGCAGAAGUUGGUGCUGGCAGACAGUUACAGGAAGGAGAACCUUUUGGCCCCGCCGGGAACGUUUCGUAACGUUUGAACCUCCCACCAGUCCACGAUCCCCGCUCCGGAUGAACGAUGUUCACGCUGUCCAAGCUGCCCACUGUCGAAGAUGACCUCAGCCUGUCCCUGUCCGCGUCGUCCAGUAACGGUAACGGUAGCAACGGCAGCAGCAGCGGUAGCAGUUCUAGCCACAGCCCCGAUAGCGCCGGGUCCAUCGCCGCCUCCGCAGCCGUCCAACACCACCACCACCACCACCAGUCGUCCCAUCCCGCCGGCGACCUGGAUCCGUCCGGAAGCUCCGAAACGGUGGCAUCCGCUGCCGUGCCAACCGCGUGGAACCUCGAGCUGGACCUGCCCCCACCACUGAUCGAGGACGACAUGCAGGUCAUCGAUACGAUUGACUCGUUCGGGUACUGGGACGGGAAGUUUGUGCCGCCACCGCCGCGGCCGCCGUUUUUGGAGGAAUCGAUCGCGCCCGACGGGCUGACCACGUGCGAUUUGUGCAGCUGGGCCUGGCAGGACAAGGGCACGCUGUCGCUGGAUGGCGCUAUUAAGGACAUCUUCUCCCCUACCUCAGACACCAAGGAGUUCAGCUGGACGUUCACGCUAGUCGUGGUCUCGCUUACGUCGGCCGUCAUCGGUGCCAUCAUAAUGAUUGUGUUUAUGAGGUGUAAAAGAAUCCGCGCCAACCAGAAUGGCAUCCGGACGUUGUGCUUCGACUCGAGCAGCACCAAGGACACGGCCGGGCUCAACUUUGACAACCAAACGUCCAAGAACUCUACCAACGGCUCGUGCAGUCCGCGGAGUACCAACUCGGGCCUGUGGACGUGGUUCAGCAGCCGGAAGAAUCUGGCCACGCCGGACCAGCUGGUCAACUCGCACACACUGCCGGUGGAGAACCACUACACCCACAUGGACGACGCCAACUAUAACCCGGUCCAGAUCGACGAGGCCAGCUACGCCGAGGUGGGCAACGAAAUCUCGGAGACAAACUCGUACAAGUCGAGCUCCGUGCAUCAUGGAGGCGACAACGACAUCCUCAUCAUGAACUGCCCGCUGCCGGCGAUUCCCACCGGAGGGCCCUCGUCCCAUCACAGCGCCAGCCAGGGCGGGGCUAGUGGCAGUAGCAGCGCGUACUACUCGGGCCUGCUCAACAGCGGUCCGCACGGCUUGAGGGGACAUGGCGGUGGCGACGACGACGACGAGGACGAGCGGCCGUACGAGAUCGUGGACCUCAAGGAGAUGUCCUCGCCGCACAAGAGUGGCCACAACGUGCAGAGUCAUUUCCUGAACGAAACCAACAAUCUGCUGACCAUCGAGAAGCACUCCGAGGGCCUGCCGGAGGGGACCAUCUCGGCGUCGGAUUAUGUUUGAAGCAAUUGAGUUUUUCAAUGUGUAUAGAGUUGCGCGCGCGACAUAAUCAGUUCAAAUGUUCGUUUUAAGCUAGACUUUUGUGUAUAGUUUCCCCUUGUUCUACGUAGCUCAGUGUGUACUAUUUAUUUAGCAAGCUUAAUUAAGUAAGAUUUGUGUACUAACUUAUAUAUAAACAAAAAAAUACAAACUGUUAUCCAAGUCUGAACAACAUUCCGUCACACUACCGUAACUGACCCAAGUUUCGUCCCCAUUCACGUGUAGCAACAUUAGAAAGAAUGAACAACCCAGUGUGCGUGUGAUCCUCUGUAGCCUUAGAAUCGAGAAGAAAAAAAAACAUAAACAACAGGAAUCAACAGAAACAUCAGUACUAGUAGAGAAAUUGUAUUUUUAAAUGUUUAAAUCGACAGCACUUUGCUAUUAGAAACCACAAACAGCGCUCCCCUCUAUUUACGAGGGACGCCAAACACAACGAGCUCGAACCAUAUUGUAAGCAAUUUUACAACAAUUUUUACAAACAAGACAAAAAAAAAACAAAUAUCGAAGUAAUUAGAAAACCUUUGUACAACCUAGUCGUAAGUCGUAACUGUUUGUCACCCCCACUCAUCAACGUUCAGUCCAUCUGUGCGUCGUGUCCCCAUGUAGCAUUUUAAGACAAGCCAAAUCAUCAUACUGAAUUCGUCAAAAAAAAAA